GUCACCUGUCCUCAUCAGUCCAUCGCUUCCUGCGGUGUGUAGCAACGUGAAGUGAUGGGGUCAAAAGACAAGAAAAUCGCCCAGCAUCUGAAUUUCGUCCACAAUGACCAAAUAUGGAAGGAUCAUGUUCGCCAUGAGACAAUGUCCCAGAGACUGCGAUGGCCAGCAAAAUGGGGCUACCUUGUACACGAGUACGAGUCGAUGAGUCGCCAGCUGCAAGGACAGCCAAGCCCUGUGUGUCGCCCGCGGACGCCCUACUCUCGUUUCAACACUAAUAAACUGCCUCCUAUUAACAAGCCCAGGAAUAGACAACUAGACUUCCCGGUGACAACAACACAGCAGAUCGGUUGGAAAGUCACAAAGCCCGACCACCAGCUCGAGAAAUACGGACCCGACUCAAAGGGUCAGUGCGGUAUCCUCCGGUUGCUACGGUGGCCACAGGAGAGCGCGCCAUAACAACGAGAGAUAAAAUAAAAACAUGUAUUUUUUCAUACGUUCACAUGUUACUUUAGAAUAGAAUAAAUAGUAUUCAUCUAA